CCGGGCCUGAAAAGUAAGACGGGCUUUCCAGCGGUUUAGUUUUUUAUGCUUGCGGUUGGAGUAACCAGGUAAUAAUUCAGGGGUAUUUUUUCCUUCUUCCCUUCUUCCAGUCAGGUAGGUUUAAAAUUUACAUUUAUUUUCUACGGCUUGGAGAAGUUCUGGGACUAUUUAGGUGUCGUUACAUCACAGGUAAAGCACGAAAAAAAGCGAUUUUGGGUCUCUGUUGAAGAAAGUAUUAAACCAUCCUUGCAAAGUACAUUAAAGCAUAGGUGGUCUUCUGCUAACUAUGAUUGAAGUUUAAGUAACUGGGCCUAGUUGAACUGCAAUUUGAGGUCUCCUUCCUACAUGCCCAUAUCAUGGUGCAAACGGAAUACUUUUCGGAAUACUUAUUUAGAGUUAGAUAACAGGUCGCAUUAGCAGAAAACGAAUCCCAUUUUCUGUGUGUGGAGUGUUUAAUUAAGUACAAACUAAUAAUUAAAGGUGUAUUGUGAUGCAAAUGCCGGGUUUUCAUUCCAAGAAGUAAGACUUUUUGCAGUGAUAUGAAAACAUCAAUAUUUCAGGGUUACUGACUUUAUUCUUUAUACUGCUAGUUAGUAGUAUAAGCUGUAGAUGUCACUAAAUAAGAAAAACAAAUCAUUUUAAGUGAAUGAAUAAAUAAUGAUCUUUUAAUUAAAAAAGACUGGUGGGACUGAGCAAAUUAACAGAAACAAACAAAUCCGAUAGUAGUGAAGUCGAGUCUAAACUUUCGUCUGAUCAUGAUCUAGAUACUUUAUUAGUUUGUUCUAAUUUAACGUUUACCACAACUAAGUGUGGUUUUAUUUUUAGCAUAUGCAUAUAGACUUGUUUACAUGCAUAUUGGCCCAAAACUAUUAAAAAUCAGGUGCCAUUCUGAUUUAGAAUCCAAAAGGCUACACUUAAGAAGCUGUUAAGGGAUUUUUUUAAGGAUCUGAGCGAAAAUUGAGCCAGUGUCGAUUCUGUACAUUCUGGACGGUGCAAAUUUGGGUUUUGUAUAUCCCAGAAUGAUCACUGACCAUAGCAGACAUCUGUGACAUGUCACGAAAAUAGAAAUGCUCCUGACCAUCUCAAACUUACCAGCAAUAAUCUACCAUUUCAAGUUUUCCUUUGUUCAAUCGGCAAAAUCUGGGAUGGUCAGGAAACGGCCAAAUUUAUAAGUGGUAUCUUCACUGGUCGGCAGAGCAUAAAACUUGGCCUCCUUUCUCAGGAUUUUCUUGAUUUGCCCCUGACAAUUCCUUUGUCUCUUUCCCUAGUUAGCUGGACUAAUGAGUUAAUGUUCAGAUAACUACAAUGGAGAUCAAAAGAAUUUUGGACAAGGUGGAAAAACAAAAACAAUUAUUGGAUGGGUUUUGGGUUCAUCCCUUCUUCAACCCACCACCCUCAAAAAUUUUGUGAUCCCCCAUUUUGCUCACAAUUCAACAUUGUUUGGGAGGGAGUGGAGAGGGUGCCAGUUUACUAAAAUUAUAUCACUUGUUAGAUCCCAACACUUUUGAUCCCCAUUGUACCAAUUUCUUAAUAUCUUUUUGCCCCUGGAGAUUUUGUUGAAAAACGUGUUUUGUAGCUAUAGUUGAGCGGUUUUCUGGUCACUGUCGUGUCAUAGAGAGCUAAAACUUACCACAAAGCUGUUUACAGGUCAUACUCUUCGCUCCAGAUGCAAAAUAUUAGCUUGCGAAGUUCGGGCUUGCACAUAAAGCAAAAUUUUGAGAUAGUUUUUGGGUUUAAAAGAGACUAGCAAUCUUGACUUUUACUUUUAACGUUCUCUCCUCCCCUCUUUUUUCACUUUUCCUGCCUCAUUUUUUCUCCUUUUGCUUGGCAUUUAGUAGGCUUCAUUUUCGCGGGAAAAGUUUUCAGGGAUGCUUUUAGGAUCUUAAUUAGGAUUAGACGAAAGGAAAGGUAGGAGGGUAGUGAAACAAGAUUUUCAUGGAAAUUUCCAGGUCAAUGGUGGUUUUUUGCCUUUUUCUCUGGUGUCUGUGGCUGAAUAUUUUGUGCUCAUUCUGGUAUGGUUUGAAAGAUCUCUCCACUCUGCACAAGUUAGUGAACUAAGUUGUCCUUGACCAUUAAAACUGAUGACAUGACAAACGGUAGAAGGGAGGUUGAUCUGCACAGGCACUUUACGGGUGCCUCAGGGGCGAAUGGGUUAAAAAAUAAUUUUAUUCAUCUGAUUCUGUUUUUUUGUUUUUCUUCUGUAGGUUUGGCACAGUAUCAUAAAUGGGUUUUGGGGAAAGAAAAUUCUUAGAAGCUGCCCACGAAAUAGACAAUAUUACACUGGAUGGAUUUGAAUUUUUAACAGAAUCCAAAAAGGAAUCUGUUGAGUGUAAAAUUUACAGAAAAUAUGAGGAGGUUGGUUACAUGUUUAUCUACAGUCAAACACCUGUUAAGUGGUCACCUUAAAGUAUCUGAGUUACUGCAUUAACUUGAGGGUAGCUUGGCAUAUACUGCAUUGAUCACAAAUUAAAAAUGAAGCUGUUCACUCAGGGUACUUGUCACUUUUGAUGAGCAUCUGAAGUCUCUACUACCCACUUUUUGUACUUAGAUGAACUAUCUAAAAGAGUAUCUGGGAAAUUGAUAUAGGGGUCCUAACUAACCUUAGCAAGCUUAGAAUUUACAAAUCUUCUAUUUUGCCACAAUUAACUUAUUGUCAGAUGGUCUGGUACUUUUGUGGAAAAUCUGAUCACUGAAAGUUUGAGAGACUCCAAGAGAAUGUGCUUAGAUCUGUAUAUUAUGAUAAAAGUAGUGCAUACGAUGAGCUUCUUGUAAGGGCUAAACUCCCCUCACUGCUGAACAGAAGGCUUCGGGGGAUAGCAGUAGUAAUGUACUAAGUCAAUUAUAAUUUAUGCCCUAGUUAUAUAUCCAAUAUUUUUAAUUUAAGCAACCGAAGUUAUAACCUGAGAAAUUCAGACAAUUUUAUGAUUCCAAGAAUAAAUAAGUUACCACCCAUGGGAAACACAGUAUUAGAUAUUUUGGUCCUGUAAUAUGAUCCAAAGUAAGUAUGCACAUUAAGAGUUCUGUAACACUUACUUCUUUUAGGAACCAGGUGAGAAAAGUGGACAUUGAGAACCUUCUUAGAACUGUCUGACACCUGUGAGAACUGUCGCCUGUACUGGUGUAACUCUUAAUGGGGUGGGCAGGGUUUCUGAGUUUGUUUCUUUGUUUGUUUAAUUUUUUUAGGUAGUUAGGUAGUUAUAAUUAAUUAGUUCUAUUUGAAAGGAAAGGUAGGUGGGCAAUGGAACAAGAUUUUCAUGCAGAUUUUCAGGUCAAUCUUACAUGGUUUUUUGCCUUUUUCUCCGGUGUCCUUGACUGAAUGGUGAUCAUUCUGGUAUGGUUUGAAAGAUCUCUUCACUCUGCACAAGUUAGCGGACAAAGUUGUCCUUGACCAUUAAAACUGAUGAUGUCAUAAGUGGUAGAAAGGACGUGGAUCUGCACAGGCAGUUACGGGUGCUUCAGUGGUGAUUGGGUUAAUGUAAAGAAGGGUAGUGGAGCCCAUGUGGUAGCCAAGCGCUAACGACUCAAACUUUGAAUCUGUCCUAGUUAAUUCCUUGUCGUUGUGAUGCUUUCUUAACAAAGAAGACUUCGCUCCACUUUGUUUUUCUCUCCCAGCUAUAUUGAUUUUAAUAUUACUACAGCUGUAUAUGUUAAUAUUUUAAAAUUUGAUUUUUUGGAAGAAAUUGUUGCUAUCAGAAGUUUAGAUUGCUCAUCACCAAUCUUCACAUUCUUUAAGGCUUCUGGCCCGAAAAGACAUGCACCCUGUUCAAGACUCUAGACCUUGGAAAAUCAUGCCCUUUUCAGUGGCACAUACAUGCUUAGGCCAAAUAAGAAAGUGCCGUAUCUGAGCCUUAUGUACCCUGCUAGCAGAGUCACUUCGAUCUUUCCUAGAUGAUUCUUGGAAGAUCGCAGGAGACUCCGUUCGCAAGGUAAGCCUUAUGUAAAGAUGGGUAUAAGAGGCACAGGGAACCUAUGCAGUUAGAGCUUGACCUUGUUUUUACCGCUUACUUUGUUCCACAGGUGUCAGGAUUGUAUGAAUAUAAAAUAAUGGGGUCAAUUUCAGAUGUUCUUCCCGAUGUAUGCAAACAGGUGUACAUGGACCUAGAGUAUAGAAAAAACUGGGAUGAUUACGUUUAUGGUAAGUUAGCAAUGGGAAAAAGUAAAUAUUGAAGUGAGGCAUCCCUAACUGAAAAUUAUAAUAAAAUACCCCAGAUGUUAAUCCCCAUCUACAAAGGCCCAAAAGAAAUGUCUCACUGGACAAAACCUCCCCCCUUGAAUCUUGUUCUACAGGUUCAAAUCCCAACGAGUGUGAAUAAAAUGCGAGCCAGCGAGUCAUGUGAGCCAUGCAGCCCAUUGAAGAAUCAUUGAAAAAAACUACCAUAAAAAUCGAAAACAGUCAUACGGAAAACGUUAACUGAACGCUAACCGUUGUAAAUAAGUGUUUAACCCUAAACAGCGCUUAACCCUAGCGCUAAAAUGAGUGCUUAACCCUAAUCCGUAAAGUGAAAGCUUAACCCCAAUCAGCACAAUAAGUGCUUAACCCCUCCUCAUCUGUGAAUUUGCAGUUUUUACUGGUGUUUCCUCUUUUUUUUACUAAUGCCUCGCAUGACUCGCGUGGCUCGCUGGCUCGCAGUUUGUCAAGACCCAAUUAGUAACCUGUCUCUCACAAUAAGUUUCCCACGAUCAUUCAUUGUGUGAUUAUUAAAUAUUUUUGUUUUUAAUAUAUUUUAUAGAACUCUAUGAAUUUGAGGAGGAUGGAGUUAAAAACAUAUACUGGAGUGUGAACUAUCCUUGGCCAAUGUCAAAUAGAGAUGUAUCCUUCAGCACUUUACAUCUGUGAUGCAUGCAAAUCUCAGAUUAUCCCCUGAUCUGUAUUUAAUACUAACAUUAGACCUGUAGCUUACAUUACUAAAUGCCAGAUUGAAUUGAAAAUUGAAUUAAAAGAUUGUUUAAUUUUUAAAGAUGUAGGAUAGUGGAAGUAACCAGAGAGGAAUCUCUAAGAAAUAAUUUAAUAAACCAACAUAUGAUUAUACAUCAAACCAUGAAACAUGUGGAACAAGUAGGGUGGCCAAUAACUUGUUCCUGAAACUUUUCAUCUGAUCUCAAAAUCAGGGAACUGUUUGUGAUGUUUAUUGAAGUUUCUAUGUUUUUAAGUUUUUUUACUGCAAUGUCUUGAAUUUUUCAGAAACAUCUUGGUAUCUUGGGUAGUCUUGGGUACUUUCCUAGAAAGUCAAGGUAGCUUUUCAGGCCCAAAGGAAAAUUAUCGAAAUCAAAAUCUUUAGAAAAAAAGCAUAGGUAACAGCUAACAAAAUAAUCCACUUUCUUUUGUUCGCUGAUCAGUUUUAUCGUAUUAACUGCAGUUAUAACUAUUGAAACCUUGAUCUUUAAUUAAAACACAGCAGUUUUCUGUGCCUGGUAAUAAUACCAGGAUUUUUGAGAAACAGACUCCAGGUCUCUCUGGACAUAUGCAGCCUGAGGAUACAACUGCAUUUAGAAGUGAUUGAGAAACAAUGUGCUUAUAAUGAAUAUUUUCCUUAACUUUAUAACAGUACAUAUAUACAAGGGCUUUGCGUGAGCUGGAAGUUAAUAGCAUACCAACUGUAGUGGUAUUAGCUGAGAGUAAUUUAUUGACAAAGACUCCAGAAAGAAGUGGAGUUAUAAGAGUUAAAGAGUAUCAUCAAAGUCUUAUUAUUCAGAGUGACGGUAUGGUGGGCACUAAAGGUAGGUUCUCUCCCUUAAUGACAAAAACGUAAGACGAAUUCCAUCAGGAAAUUGAGUAAUUUCAAUUUUCAGUGGACAAAAACCUUGUUCCAGAAUAAUUUAAACAAUAUCGCAUUCUUUUUUUACAUUUUUCAAGGGCUUAUAGAUAUUAGUUAUCUGUAAUUAACAACAAAUACUAUUUCUCAUGGGAGCUAGCCCAAGAAAAUAAAUGUCAAAUUUCAAGAGAAUUAUGAAAACACAUUUAAAAUUCUGAAAAUUUAAUGUGUAAGGUGUCAUUUUGUGAAAAUAUUUGACAUUAAUUUUCUCGGGCUCUCAUAAGAAAUUUUCUUUGCUGUUAUUACAGCUAACUAAUUAUAUCUUUAGCCCUUGAAAAAUGUAUAAAAAGAAUGCGAUAUUGUUUAGAUUAUUCUGGUACAAGGUUUUUGUCUGCUGAAAAUUAAAAUUACUCAAUUUCCUGAUGGAUUCCCUCUUAAACCCUUUCAGUACCAAGAGUGACUGACCUGAAGGGAAGUCCGGGUAAAGCUGUGCCGCCGAGGCCUUCAAACCAUGACCCUGUUUAAGACAAAAAUUGCUCAUUUUGCCACCCUGUUUAAGAUAGGAGACACUACUUUCUGACCCUGAUUUGUUUUGUUUUGCAUACAAAGUUAAGUGCUUUUUCACACCAAAAUUGUGGAAAUAGAUAUUAAGGAAAAAAAAUAUUGGUAUUGCAAAUAUAGAUCGCUCAUCACAAGUCCUUGAAAGGCUUCCAGUCCAAAAAGACACCCUGUUCAAGAUGCUUACUAGUGAAAUUGUAUACCCUGUUUAAGGCUCAGGACCUUGAAAACCUAUACCCUGUUCAGCAACACAUACCUGCCUAGGCCAAAUAAGGGAGUGUUACCCCCCCCGUCCCUGUUGGGUGACUAACAUCAAAUUCCUUCCAACAAUCUCAUUACAUAAUCAAUAUAAAAGGUUAUGAGAAUUGCUAAAAUGAUCACCAAAAGGAAGAUGUUUUGACCCAUUAUUAAAUUCUCUCAACUAAGGAAAUGUUGUUUUUAAAGACAUAACAGCCUAUAAAAUGCUCAAAUUCACCAUAUCACACCAGGAUAAUUAAAACACAUUGAUUUUAAUGGUAACUGAAAAAUUAAUCUAGAAAUGUUCAUUUGGUGAACAUUACUAAAUUGCAGUCAUGUUUCUGAGAACAAUAACCAUGGCUUACUGAUAAUGCACUAUCCAAUUUAUUUACUUACAAUAUUUAUUUUGUUUAAUUAAAUAUAUAUAUAUUUUUACAGCUUUUAUGCAUUACUUUGAUAACCCUGGCGGACUUAUCCCUUCCUGGCUUAUAAACUGGGGUGCAAAGGUCUGUAUCGUUAAAUUAUUUACAGAUUGUAGUUUUUUCUGAAAGGCCUGAGUCAUGUUUUUGUCAAGGCAGGGCCGUCAACUCUCCCAGAUAAUCCAGGACACUCCAGAUUUUGAACCGUUUCUCCAUGUCUUCCAGAUUAGAGUCUGAAAUCUCCUGAAUAAUUGCCGAAGUUUGCCAUUUCUUGAAGAAUCGACUUUCUGACAAUGAAAUUUCCAAUACUUUGCGUUGUUUGAGCUAUUUUACUGUUAGCAGUGAACGUUUCCUUACAAACUUCAAUAUGCCAUUGUAAUGUAAGCAAUAAUGUGAUUGGUGGGAAGUAAGACAAAUAUUAGGUCAAAUGUUACAAUUCCAAAAACAUCUUUUUUGCACUUUUUUUUUUCACAAAUGACGUCACAUGCCCUGUGCAUUAUGGCGUCAUUUAUCAUCCCCCAGCCAUCAAUUCUCAAUAUUUGAAGACGUGGUAGGUUGACAGCCCUGUCAAGGGCACAUUAGCUGUCCCUGUGCAGUUGCUUAAGGGGCUUUCUUUCUGCCGGGAACUGGUAGCUAUUUUGAACCUUGGUAAAUCAUAUGAAUAAUCAUGUGGCAUUUAAAUUACUUCCAAGUCCCCCUGCCUAAUAAUGCCCUAAUAAUACUCAGCAUGGGUUAUAAUAUUUAGUACUAAAAUAUAUUUAAAUGCAAAUUUAUAAGCAGAGACUCUAAAAGUGAACAACUCUAAAACUCUAAACAUUGUCCUCUUUCUUGCCCUUAUUAUUGCAUUUUAAUCAUUAUUAUUCAUCAUACAUGUAGCUAUGUGCCUAAGCUGAAAAAUAUUAAAGGAAUUCAAAAAUAGGCUUUAAUAAUAUAUAUUUUGUUAUCCUUAAUUUAUAAUGUUUAUAAUAAUUUGGUGGUAGCAUUUUUUUUAAAAUAAAAUAAUAAUUCCCUGGAAAACCCUUUAUGCUUCAAUCAACCCACAAAAUGGCAAACCUUAUUCAGAAUGAAAUAUGUGCUGUGCUGAAAGCAUUUUUUUAAAAUAAAAGAAUAAUUCCCUGGAAAACCCUUUAACUAAAAAUCUAAUAAUAAAAAUAUACGGUACGCAAGUGAUUUUCUUAUCAUACAAUCAUGUUCUUAAAAAACUUAAGAUUUUCUAUUGUAAUCAGUCCGUAAUGAGAAGAGGUGAUAGUUUUUACUACUGUAUUUGGUUGUAUUAAAGAGGAAUAACUUGCUUUGCUUUAUAUGAAGAGUGAUCUCAUGUUCAUGUUCUGACGACAUGAAAGUGGUGUUUUGUUUUGUUUUUGUAGUUUCUUUUUUAUUUCCUCUUUUUCCUUCGCUUGGCUUGUUUUUCCUUUAUUCCUACAUGAGACACAUGUUUCUAUAUUAACAUUAUAUAAUAAUGAUAAUAAUAAAUAAUAAUAAUAUUAUGGUUUAUUCACAGUAUAAUAUCCAUAAACUAAAAACAUGGCUCUUCACCUGUGACUAACUACUACACUACCUAACCUACUAAUCUACUCAUCAAUUGGUUAUAAAAUUAAUUAUCAUUACUACAAAACUAUGAACAUGCAGUGAAAUGAUAAUAAAACGAUAAGUUCAAAAAAUCAGGAAAAACUAGUGAAAAAAAAAAAAAACUAUGGACAGUGAAAUGAUAAUAAAACAAUAAGUUCCAAAAUUGAGAAAAACGAGUGGAAAGGUCACAGAGAAUGCAGCCUUGCCGUCACCUAGGUUUUAAGGUGAUUUGUCAACUGACUCUUGAAAUAACUAAAUUCUGUGGAGAUGUUACUGGUCAAAAUUAUAUUCAGGUUAAAAUUUUUAACCUAGAUUGAUUCUCAUUUCCUUGGUUUCCUAGACCUAAUUCAUAAUAAUUUGGGCUAGGAGGAGAGGUAAACAGAGAAUCAACCUCGAUUAAAAAUUUUAAGUUGUAACAAAGAGAACAAAAGUAAAAGAAAAUCAACAAUCUUUUUAAAUCCCCCAGCUUAACCACGAUAUGUUCACAGCUGUAAAUAGGAACUGCCUAUUUAAGUAGACAACAUAUAUUUUUUGUGUACUUCAUUAUUCAUAAUUUUUGGACUUUGCUGAUAUCAAUAAUUUAUUACGCACAAUGCCAUAAAGGUGGACUUGGUUAUUAAAAAUACAUUUUUAAAAAAUGGUGACUGCUUUUAUCCUUGUAGAGUGUUAAUAUCAGUUACAGAUGUGACAUUUCAAAAGUCAAAUGUCAAGCUUAUUGCUGCAUGUUUUAUUGACAGUCUAGACAUUUUAAUGUCUUUCUAAAAGCUAUAGUGCAAGGAUCCAUAUUGCCCAAUUAGGAGACAACUUUACUUGUCUGCCAAGGCAUUUAUUACUGUCUGGUAUUAAGGGCUUUAAUUUCUUUAGUUAAGUGCAUAAAAUGUUAAUAUGCAAUUAACCUAAUUCAAAUAUUAUGUCUUUUGAUUAAUAUUUGUAAAAUAAGCUAAGACUUAUAUAAAAUGUGUGGUUAUUGUUCAUAAUUUUGCAGGUAUUGUUGGUUUGUACUGCUUUUAUUAUUUUCUGAGAGAGAAUAUUCACAUCUCAUUUUUCAUUGCUUUUUUUCUUGACAUUUUUCUUUACAAAUAUUACCAUUUGUUUUAAUCUGAGUGGUGUCAUUUUAUGCUACUUUUUUUCUCAAUAUUUUUAAAGAACCUUUUUUAAUUUAACGUCUAUGUAGUGUAAAUUCACCCAGUUUUUUUAAUUUCGGCUAGGUGCAUCAUACUUCAAUUAAGUCAUCCUGUAAGCAUGCCAGGCAUGCAUUCCAAACUAACUAUAAUAUUUUAAUAUAACUAUUGUAUUGUAGUACUGACUGCUACUAUCUGUAGCCUAUAUGAGUUUGAUGAAGAAAGAAUUAACAGACCAAAAAAAAUUUAUGUAUUCUAAAGAAAUUUGAUAUGAUGAAGUGCAUAAUGCAUGUCAGUUUUCUCAAAUUCUAUUCUGUAUGAUGUAAAAACAUGCUAAGCAAGUUUGAGGCUCUAAACACACACACCGACAAACACAAAAAAUAAAAUAAAAAAUAAAAUGUAAGAAAAGUGAGUUUCAGCUAUAUAUUGCCUGUGGAUGACAUGAUACCUUGUAUGCUUCAAAGUCACCAAACCUUUAAUUUUGAUUUAACAACUGGUUGGUAAUAUAUACCAGUAAGUAAGAAAAGGGUAAUUUUAUGAUAGGAAAUAUAGCUAUCUUCUUUCAAACAUUAAAGUUCUUGAUUGGCUGAAGAAUAUUACAAUAAUUAUUAUAUAUCUAUUUUUAUUUUUUUAAGAUUCUUUGAAUAUUCAAGAUUAACAACUACAGCUGCUGCUUAAUUUCAACAAUCAAUUAACUUGUUUUUACUCAAACCAUUAAAACUUAUCAUCAUUCAUCAUGGCUAAUGAUGGUGACGACGAUUUACGAAUCCAUAAAUAAAUAACAGUUGUUUAAAAUAAUUCUUGCUUCAUCUUUUUUCACAGUAAGCUGGUUGAUAACACGACUAAUCAAUCAUUGUUAUCUGCUAUGUUAAUUCCACGAUAUACGAGUUUUCAUUGUAAAGUGAUGUCUUAAAAGGAAGUAAAUCAUAUAUGAACUGUGGGUAUAAAAACCAGAUAUUAUGAAUGAUUGAUAUGAUUUCUAUAAUUAUGAAUGCAAUAAAUUAAUGCAAUCACUGUGAAAAAAGCUGGAAGUUAAAAAGUCCUGUGUUUUUCAGGCUUCUAAAUGAAUAAAAAUCACUUGUAGUUUUAUGUUCAAAACAUCAUUCAAUUUGUCUGCCACAUAUUUUGAUAACUUGGAUAAAGUACAAAACGACAAAUUCUAGAAGCAAAAAUAUAUCACCUGGCCCUGGUUGUUCAAACAUCGGAUAGCGUUAUCCACAGGAUGAAUCCUGUAUGGCUUAAAAAAUGAACGUUUUGUGCCGCACUUUCUGGCAUAGCACAAUUUGGCGAUCAAGCAGACUUUCAUAAAAAAAAUGCUGCACCUUACUUACCCAAAAAAUGUGGUAUUUUAAAACCUUACCAUAGUCCUAUAUAAACAUUAAUUAUUAAAUUAUUAUUAUUAUUGUACAAAAUGAAAUUUGUGAUCUGUUUGUUUUCGUUGGACCUGGGUAGCUUCUGCUGGGUUCUCAGAUAGUAGGGACGUCAUGAAAACAAGCCAAGGGAAAAAAAAAUGUCACUUUUCGUGACUUGGGCACAAUAUUGCUAUCUUGGAGCCUGGAAAAAACUAAUUUAGGUUGAGCUUGGGAGUUUACAUGAAAGGCUUGUCUUUCUGGCAACAGAGUCACAGUUAGGGUAUUAACUGAGGUAAAAACAAUGGCAUGGUCAUGGCCUUUAGAGAGAAACCAAAUAUUAAGUGAGGAGUUAGUGGAGGCAGGACUUGAUGCAAUAAAAUUGGAGUUGCAAGAAUCACAACAUUUUCAUUGUCUUAUAACAAUUGAUUAUGAUUAUGACUGCCUUGCUUGUGAUCUUGAAAAGAAAAAACAACGUGCCCUUACAACUCUGACAGUCUAGUUUUCAUUAGAUUGUACAUGUAAGUGAUGGAGUCGUGAACAGAUUACAAAAACUCUACUUACGACUAUGUUGGUUUGAUUUUCACUAGAUUUUUUUGCUCUACAUUUCUGAUUACAACAACUUUUUCAUAAAUGGAAAUAAAACUAGUGUAAAGAAACUAUGAUACUAAUUAAAAUACUGUUUGAUUUCUUUGCAGACAGGAGUACCUACAUUCCUGAAUUCCAUGAGAAAAGCCUGUCUAGGUUAUAAAGAGUAUUUUUCCAAAAAAUGACUGCUGUUUAA